UCGAGCUCCUCCCGCCCUCGGCUCUCCACCAAUAAGAGAGAUGGUUACCACAGCAGCGGCGUGGUGGUGGUAGCCAAUGGGGAGAGGGAGCAUUGAGCAGCGGCCUGACAGGACUGAGAGCCGCCGGGAUGGCCUCCAGCUUCAAGAAGCCCUCGUUGGGAGCAGCGUCCCAGAGGAAGAAAUCGAGUCCCAAACCAGAGCUGACUGAAGAACAGAAACAAGAGAUCCGAGAGGCCUUCGAUCUCUUUGACACGGAUGGCACUGGGAACAUAGAUGUUAAGGAGCUGAAGGUGGCCAUGAGAGCACUGGGGUUUGAACCUAAGAAAGAAGAGAUCAAGAAGAUGAUAUCGGAUAUUGAUAAGGAAGGAACAGGAAAAAUCAGCUUCAAUGACUUCUUGGUGGUGAUGACCCAGAAAAUGGCUGAAAAAGAUUCCAAAGAGGAGAUUCUCAAAGCUUUUAAGCUCUUUGAUGAUGAUGAAACUGGCAAAAUCUCUUUCAAGAACCUCAAACGAGUAGCCAAAGAACUGGGUGAAAACCUUACAGAUGAAGAGCUGCAGGAAAUGAUCGAUGAAGCGGAUAGAGACGGGGACGGGGAAGUGAACGAGCAGGAAUUCUUGAGGAUCAUGAAGAAAACCAGCCUGUACUGAAACUGAAUGUUAGUGUUUUGCACACGUGUGUGUAUGUCUGGUAGGUGCCUCACUCAUCUCCAGCAUUUUAUUUCUGUGACGAGACCAGAGAUGUUAAGUCAACGCUUUCUUUUAAACGGCUGAUCUUAAACUUGUGUUUGUGGACCAUUCCCAAGUGUUGGCCUGUUUACAUGUAGCAACGUGGCUGCUUGUUCGUAAGGUGUUUAUGCUGUUUUCCAGACAGAAAUGGCAGUAAUCAGAUUCUUAUCUCAGAUCCUUAUCUCACUGUAAGACACGUGUCCAAUCAUUACGGUUUGGUAAGGAUAGAAUUCCAAAUAUAAAAGCAUAAAGUUGUAUUUCCCAGCUGUUGAAGUUUGUAGUUUUCUCUUUAUAUGAUCUAUUUGUGGGGAUCAGCUUUUUUUUACUCUGUUUUAUGGUGAUUAUUCCCUCCUCUCCUUUUUUAUUCUGCUCGUAAAACGAGUGAUAAUGGAUGUUUGCAGAAGCGUUCAGUGCUUUCGACUAUAAGGUUGUACUUCAAAUAAAAACGUCUUAUUUUAA